UGGUCCACUCAUUCCACUCGACAAUAUGUUUGUCUGUCUCAUUCCCAGCACUUGGACAGUCAGUAGUUAGUGAGAACAGAAUGCAAAGCCGUGCUUGCCAUAGUUUGCUGAGUUUCUUGCCUGACCACAUUGCUCUCACAAUGUCACUUGUGAAUAACUUGAUCAGAUUAGGGUGAAUCAUGUGGUUGGCCAACAGCAACUGGAAGGAUUCUCCAGCGUCACUUUGUUGCACUAUUAGGAAAUGCAUCUGGAUAGACCUGCCCAGUGCUGGUUGCUGAUGCUCCUCUCUCUGUGUUCCUGCUGUCUAGAGAAGAGAUGAGCUCAGACUGUUGGAGCAACUCCACCUGCUCUGCCAACAGCAUGGAGAGAGAACUGUCGGGGGAGAUGGAGGGCCAAGGAACCCUGAAGCUUGUUUUCACCGUGGUGUCAGCCGUGAUGGUGGGUCUGGUCAUGUUCUCUUUCGGAUGUUCUGUGGAGAUUCAGAAGCUGUGGUCGCACCUCAGAAGACCCUGGGGCAUUGCGGUUGGACUGCUUUGCCAGUUUGGGCUCAUGCCUGUGACAGCCUAUCUGCUAGCCAUUGGCUUCUCUCUGAAACCCUUCCAAGCUAUUGCUGUCCUCAUCAUGGGGUGUUGCCCUGGGGGCACCAUCUCUAAUGUUCUCACCUUCUGGGUUGAUGGAGAUAUGGAUCUCAGCGUCAGUAUGACCACCUGUUCCACAGUGGCUGCCCUGGGGAUGAUGCCUCUCUGUCUCUACGUCUACACCCGGUCCUGGAACCUUACACAGAGUCUCACCGUUCCGUAUCAGAGCAUAGGAAUUACCCUUGUGUCCCUGGUUGUUCCUGUGGCCUUCGGUGUCUACGUGAAUUAUAGGUGGCCAAAGCAAGCGAAAGUCAUUCUUAAGGUUGGGGCCAUCGUUGGUGGAAUCCUCCUUCUGGUGGUGGCGGUCACUGGUGUGGUUCUGGCAAAAGGAUGGAACACAGAUGUCACCCUUCUGAUCAUCAGUUUCAUUUUUCCUUUGGUUGGCCAUGUCACUGGCUUCCUGCUGGCAUUCCUCACUCACCAAUCUUGGCAAAGGUGCAGGACGAUUUCCAUAGAGACCGGAGCUCAGAACAUCCAGCUGUGCGUCGCCAUGCUGCAGCUGUCCUUCCCUGCCGAGUACCUGGUCCAGCUGUUUAACUUUGCGUUGGCCUACGGGCUCUUCCAAGUGCUGCAUGGACUCCUCAUUGUCGCAGCAUAUCAGGCAUACAAGAGGAGGCAGAAGAACAAACACAGGAGGCAGCACCCAGAUUGCCCCGAGGUCAACUACGAGAAGAAUCCCAGGGAGACCAGUGCUUUCCUGGAGGAAGGCGAUGGAGCUGCCGUAACUCUGAGGCUGCCAGGACCAGAGCAGCAGCACAGAGUUGCAGAGUAACCAGACACAUUCCUUCGUGUGAACAGUGGGAGACAUGGGCCAGCUUGGCUCGCCAUCUUCCUUCGUGGCCAGUAAAGACCAUGCGCUGAUGUGCCAACAUCUCUGGCAGGUCUGUGCGAAUAUGCAGCGUUUGUUACGUACCGUGGGACAGCGAAUGGAGGCUGCCAGUGAGCAGUAGACAUCUCCCUGUGAAGCUGGUCUCCUGAUGCAUAUUUUAACCUGAGAGAGAGAGAGAGAGAGAGAGAGAGAGAGAGAGAGAGAGACAGAGACAGAGACAGAGAGACAGAGAGAGAGACAGAGAGAGAGAUAGAGAGAGACAGAGACAGAGAGAGAACACACGGUGUAGUGGUGAUGUCACUAACACUACAGGUUGAAGUGGGUCUAGAUCCAUGGGCUCCUUGGCUUCCAGCAGGUGCUCUGGAGCUCUUAGGGAAGAUAUGCUAAGAGAAAAUGAGUUUCAACGAUGUGAUUUGUUUUAACUAAAAAGUUUUUAUUUAUUUUACACACCAACCACAAUUUCCCUUCCCCCCUCUUCUCCUGCUCCCUUCCCCCACCUACCUUCUACCCCUACCCCUCAUCCACUCCUCCUCUGUCCCCAUUCAGAAGGGGUAAGGCCUCCACAGGAGUCAACACAGCAUGGUAUAUAAAGUUGGGGCAGGACCAAGCCCCUCCCCCUUGCAUCAGGGCUGGGCAAGGCAUCCCACCACAGGGAAUAGGUUCCAAAGGGCCAGCUCAUGCACCAGGGACAGGUCCUGGUCCCAUGCAGGCUCCCCAGCUGCAAUUGCAUCUUGUAAUUUUGGGUUUGAGUGAAAAAUCUAAAGAAAACAUGAGAAGAAUCUAAAAAGUGAGUAUCGGGGAUAGUUCUUUCUCCAGAGAGGAACAGAUAUGUGCCCAGAAUCUCCAAAACAGACAGCACUUGCAGCGAACCACCAAAACAGCAGAGAACACAUGUGCAUCCCCUGAGUCUCCUUGUGUACCAAGUCAUCUAAACAGCCUGGAGCUUGUUUCCUGUGUGUCCUGACAGUGGACUGAUGAUCUCAGAGCAUCUUCAUACAUCUGUCUGUGUUACCUACCUCAUUCUUCAGAACUGUCUACGUCUGAGUGUUGUGUUAUAUAGGACUGUAAUUUAUUUAACUCCUCUUUAUUAGUGGGUUUUUAGAUACCUCACAAUGUAGCAUUGCUAUGAACCCCUGGCCCUCAUGCCCAAGUCCUUGUAGGCUUCUUCUUCCAGCUCUAGUGGGCAGGCCCACUGCCCCUCAAAAUCUUGGGCAGAUUGCUCUGUCUCCGAAGGGCUUUGUUUAAUAAACGAUCUUUCAUCACUUUGAUUUGUGAAAACAUCUCAUUAGAAUUAUGACACCAAAACUACAAACUAGAACUUUUUUUAUGUUCAUGUCCUCCCUCAUGUGUUUGACCUGCCUUUUUUUCACAUAUUUUUAUUUUGCCUGUUUUUGAAGACAGGAUUUCUCAUGGUAGCCCAAGGUAGUUUAAGUUGUCAAAAAUCCCCCUGCUUCAGCCUCUCCAGUGUUCAAAACUGCAGUGCUGGGCUACCUUAUUUGUACUUUGUUAUAGGCGGUUGCGCCUUAGUCCUGUGUGCUGCCAGGGCUCGCCUAGCUUGUUUCCUGAUUGCGUCUGUAGAGACUUACAUAUACAUUUCCCACACAUUUUAGCUUUAUCGGUCUUUUAGAAAAGUUGUAAAGACCAGGAGUUGGAAUGUUAUUUUUAUGUGGGUUAUGAGUUGUCAUAUGCUCCCUGUGGAGAAUGCGUGCCCUUUUCAGUUGUUUGCUUUCUGCGGUGGGUAUUUGCCCACGUACCUGGCAAUGAGUAAAAUCUAUACCUCCUUUAAUAAUCCAUACAUUAUUAAAAUAAUUUCCCAUA